ACAGAAAGAAAUGCUCCUUUCUUCUAGUAUGAUCACCUAACUUCUCCUCUCUGUUCCAACCCCCUCUCUAUCUUCUUCCCAUCCUCGAAACAGCAGACCUCAAAAUUCCACUACUCAACUAUCAACUUUCUAGGUCUAGGACUAGGGUUUCAUACUAAAAAAAUUCUCUCUUUCUGAAAUUAACUGAUUCAUUUUCUAGGGUUUGGGUUUGGAAAUUUUGAUAGAAGAAAAUGGCCUCUUCAACGGCUCAGAUUCACGUUCUCGGAGGCAUUCCUUUUGCAUCGUCUUCCAAGCGUUCGAAUGGUAAAUGUUCAAGAACAGUCUUCUUCGGACAGAGACUGAACAGUGCGACACCGUUUGGUCUACCCAAGUCAUCGUUCUUGAGGCUGAACCAGAGUCAUAGUGCAAGGAGAGUUGGGCCCCUCAGGGUAGUGGCGGAGAAGGUGGUGGGGAUUGACCUGGGGACGACGAACUCGGCUGUGGCGGCGAUGGAGGGAGGGAAGCCGACGAUUGUGACCAACAUCGAGGGGCAGCGGACGACGCCGUCGGUGGUGGCGUACACGAAGAACGGUGACCGGCUUGUAGGGCAGAUAGCGAAACGGCAGGCGGUGGUAAAUCCGGAGAACACCUUCUUUUCCGUGAAGAGAUUUAUUGGGAGGAAGAUGUCCGAGGUGGAUGAGGAGUCCAAGCAGGUCUCUUACCGGGUUGUUCGCGACGAGAACGGCAAUGUCAAGCUCGACUGCCCCGCCAUUGGCAAGCAGUUCGCUGCCGAAGAAAUUUCGGCUCAGGUUUUGAGAAAGCUUGUGGACGAUGCUUCAAAAUUUUUGAAUGACAAAGUUACUAAGGCUGUGGUCACUGUGCCUGCUUACUUCAAUGAUUCUCAAAGGACAGCAACGAAGGAUGCUGGCCGUAUUGCUGGCCUAGAAGUUCUACGGAUAAUCAAUGAACCCACUGCUGCUUCAUUGGCAUAUGGUUUUGAAAAGAAGAACAACGAAACCAUUCUGGUUUUUGACCUUGGAGGUGGUACUUUUGAUGUUUCAGUUCUUGAGGUCGGUGAUGGAGUGUUCGAGGUACUUUCUACUUCUGGUGAUACACAUUUGGGUGGUGACGAUUUUGAUAAGAGAAUUGUAGAUUGGCUUGCUGCAGAGUUUAAGAGAUAUGAAGGCAUAGAUCUUUUGAAGGACAAACAAGCACUGCAGCGUCUCACCGAGACAGCAGAGAAAGCAAAAAUGGACUUGUCAUCUUUGACACAAACGAAUAUUAGUUUGCCUUUCAUUACAGCUACUGCAGAUGGGCCCAAACACAUAGAAACUUCCCUUACAAGGGCACAAUUUGAGGAAUUAUGUUCUGAUCUACUUGACAGGCUUAAAACCCCAGUUGAAAAUGCCUUGAGGGAUGGAAAACUCUCUUUCAAAGAUCUAGAUGAAGUCAUCCUUGUUGGCGGAUCAACACGUAUUCCAGCUGUUCAGGAGCUUGUUAAGAAACUGACUGGAAAGGAUCCCAAUGUGACAGUCAAUCCGGAUGAAGUUGUUGCCCUUGGAGCUGCAGUUCAGGCUGGUGUUUUGUCUGGAGAUGUCAGUGACAUUGUCCUUUUGGAUGUGUCACCUUUAUCUCUGGGUCUAGAAACUCUUGGUGGUGUUAUGACAAAAAUUAUACCAAGAAACACUACUUUGCCCACCUCAAAAUCAGAGGUAUUUUCAACUGCUGCUGAUGGACAGACUAGUGUGGAGAUUAAUGUCCUUCAAGGCGAGAGAGAGUUUGUCAGGGACAACAAAUCUCUUGGUAGCUUCCGUCUGGAUGGAAUCCCGCCUGCGCCUCGUGGAGUUCCUCAAAUUGAAGUCAAAUUUGACAUUGAUGCAAAUGGCAUUCUCUCAGUCUCUGCUGUUGAUAAAGGCACCGGGAAGAAGCAAGAUAUCACCAUUACUGGUGCUAGUACCUUGCCUAGUGAUGAGGUAGAGAAGAUGGUUAAAGAAGCUGAUAAGUUUGCAAAGGAAGACAAGGAAAAGAGAGAUGCCAUCGACACAAAGAACCAGGCAGAUUCUGUUGUGUACCAGACGGAGAAGCAACUGAAGGAACUGGGAGACAAGGUACCAGGCCCAGUAAAAGAGAAGGUUGAGGCAAAACUCGAAGAGCUCAAGGAAGGAAUCUCUAGGGGCUCGACGCAGGCCAUAAAGGAUGCCAUGGCUGCCUUAAAUCAGGAGGUUAUGCAGCUUGGCCAAUCCCUCUAUAACCAGCCAGGUGCUGCACCUGGUGCUGGCCCUACACCUGGCAGUGGGGCUGGGCCUUCAGAUUCGGCCGGCAAGGGACCUGAAGGAGACGUCAUUGAUGCAGAUUUCACCGACAGCAAAUGAUGAUACAAGAGCAGUAGAUUAAGACAGUGUAAGCUGAUUAUUCCUCUUUUGGUUUUUUUAUCUUUUCUUCUGGAUGUGCAUACAGGGACAAUGAUGUGAAGAGUUUGGCUUGAUUUUAGGGGGUUGUUUUUUUGGUCAGGGAAAAAAGGUUGAUUAGGUUUCUCGGAAGUGUGAAUGUCUUGAUGUAACCCAUAAUAGUGAAUAACUUUUGUUCCAAGUUCCAAUUGUAUUUGUUAAGACGUUGGAUGCACAUAAAUGAGUGGACAAUUGAAAAAAGGGAAUGUGUGGAAAAAUUAAUUAUUAGUCAAAAUUCAAAAAAUGUGUAAAUGAGACUAAUAAAGAAAUAAGAUUAUGGUAUCAAA